GGAUUGUACAAUUUCUAGACAUGUCUUACAUAAAUAUGUAGUUUAAGAAAUUAGUCCGAGAAGCGACGACGAGUGAAGUCAGUCGAGCUAUUUGUUGCAAGUGGUGAAGCAGCGAUUUGUCACUGUGUCAUAAACUACAACACCAUCAAUUUAUUUAUAACUAAUCUAAUUUUCGAAAAAAGUAAUGGAAGAAUACAAACAUUUGCAUAAACCGUCUAAGCUGCAACCCAGCGAACGAGCCACGUUGCUCUCGAAACUAUUUUUCUGUUGGGCGCCAGCUAUGUUUUACAAAAGUUAUGGUAAAAGCGUCACUCAAGAAUAUUAUGUGCCGCUUAAAAAUCACGAAUCCGACUACUUGGGUAAUAGAUUUGAGGAGGAAUGGAAAACUACGAGUCCAAACUUGUGGCGCGUCAUUUGGAAUAUAUUUUACUUGGAGUUUAUAGCUUUGGGUUUGCUCUUUGUUUUUUCCGAGUUUAUUUUGAAGUUGAGCCAACCCUGGCUCAUAGGAAAAUUCAUGAGUACCCACACCUCCACCUCCACCACAGCUCUAAAAGAAAGCAGCUACCUCUACGGAACCCUAAUCAUUUUAGCCAAUUUUUUUAGCGUCCUCGUAUCCCACUUCUACCAACUCAAAAUCCAGCACCUGGGUAUGAAAAUCAGAAUCGGCUGUUGCUCCCUAAUCUAUCGAACCGCGUUAAAAAUCAACAAAAACGCUGCAGCUGCAUCAAACGUAGGUACCAUCAUCAACCUCCUAUCAAACGACGUCAACCGCUUCGACUUGGCAGCCAUGCACCUUCUCCAGCUUUUAGUAGCACCCAUUGAAACCAUCGUCAUAAUAUAUUUUUUAUAUGCAACAGUAGGAGCGACGGCUGUCGCCGGAAUCGUACUACUAUUCCUGUUCGUACCUUUCCAAACGUUAACGGGAAAACUAACCACGACCUACAGGCAACAAACGGCGUCUCGAACAGACCAAAGGAUCAAACUCAUGGAGGAAAUCCUCACGGGAAUCCAGGUCAUCAAGAUGUUCACUUGGGAAAAAUUUUUCGCAAGAACCGUCGAACAAGCUAGAAAAGACGAAAUUCGUCAAAUACGGAAAGCUUCGUUUAUUCGGGCAUUGAAUGUGGCUUCGAUGCUCUUCAUGAAUCGGUCUGGGAUCUUCCUGUGCAUUCUAUCCUACGCACUAACGCAAAGAGAAGUCAACGCCACGUACGUUUUCGUCGUUUCUUCUUUCUACGCCAUCUUGCGUCAAACCGUAACUGUAUAUUUUCCCUUCGGGGUUCAAAAUUUCUGCGAAACCAAGGUUUCGGUCAGACGAAUUAGAGAGUUUUUGACGACGGUCGACCAACGACAAAACCAAAUCACUGGUGAAGAACCCGAAGAGAAGAAACAUCUUAUAGUAAAUGUGGAUGCCGCUGGAACGGUUGGUGUGUAUUUGAAGAACGUAUCCGUGAAGUGGCAGCCUUUAGUCCACGUUUUGAAAAGUGUGACCUUUGAAGUCGGCGCUAAUGACUUAGUUGUGAUAACUGGAGUCGUCGGUAGUGGGAAAUCAACUCUCCUUUACACCAUUUUAAACGAAGUACCGCACAGUACAGGAAGUGUUAGUGUAACAGGUACCAUUUCGUACUCAUCCCAAGAGCCGUGGUUGUUUUCGGGGACCAUCCGACAAAACAUUAUAUUUGGGUCGAAAUUCGACGAACACAAAUAUAGAACAAUUAUCAAAAUCUGUCAACUGGAAAAAGACUUUUCGGCUUUAGUGGAUGGUGAUGGUACUUUAGUAGGAGAGCGUGGAAGUUUGCUAAGUGGGGGUCAAAAAAGUCGCAUCAGUUUAGCACGCGCUCUUUACAAAGAUGCAGAUAUUUACCUAUUAGACGACCCUCUAGCGGCUGUAGAUGCAAAAGUGGGAGUGAAAAUUUUCAACGACUGUAUUUUACAGUACUUGAGAGACAAAUGUAGGAUUGUGGUUACGCAUUCUUCGAAUUAUCUUGUCGGGGCUGCGACUAAAAUCUACGCGUUGGAUAACGGAACAUUGGUCAAUGAUUUUAGUUAUCAGAAGACCGACAUCGCCAGGAACGAAGAUGUCACCUCUAAGAACACUGAACAACUAAGAACCGAACCAAAGAAAGAAAAAAUCGAACAACGAACCGGGAAAGUGUCUAUUAAAGUAUAUCAAAAGUAUGCAGAAGCUGGAGGACACAAAAUCAAAAUUAUAUUGUUGUUUAUACUAUUUGCUGUCACCCAAACUGCGGCAAGCGGUGCCGACUACUUCGUGGCGUUUUGGUCCGACUUGAAUGGACGACAGAAUGCAAGAAGUGUCUUCACACUAUGUAUAUAUGUAUACGUCACAAUAAUUAUCACCCUUGUAACUGUAUCAAUCGGUCGAUCGAUUUUCUUUUUCCAACACUGCAUGAAGACGUCUAUCACUUUGCACAAACAGAUGUUUGCAAGGAUCAGCAAAGCGCCGAUGUUGUUUUUUAAGACAAAUCCGACUGGAAGAAUUUUGAAUCGUUUUUCCAAAGAUAUAGGGUUGAUGGAUGAGACUCUACCGUUGCUCUUGAUGGACACGUUUCAAGUUGCGUUCAUUGUACUAGGGAGCGUCGUAUUGGUAUCAGUUGUAAAUGCGUGGAUGCUAGCACCUACAGCUGCCGCUUUUCUAGUAUUCUUCGUGUUCAAGAGCAUCUUCUUGGCCAAAACUCGUACCAUAAAAAGAUUAGAAGCCGAAGCUAGAAGCCCGAUCUACAACCACAUGCAUGCCUCGAUGCAGGGCUUAGUUACCAUUCGCACCUUCAACGUUCAAACUACGUUACAAAAAGAGUUCGAUUAUCACCAGAACCUCCACAGUUCGGCGUUCUACCUCUUCAUGACCUGCAACAGAGCUUUCGGUUUUUGGUUAGACAUGAGUUGCGUGUUCUACACUAUUGUAGUAAUAACAGCCACAAUGUUAACCGACACAUCCGCCGCUGAUGCUGGUUUAAGCAUAACCCAAUCCAUAAACUUAAUCGGAGUACUACAAUGGGGAAUCCGACAAUGGAGCGAAUUAGAAAACCAAAUGAUUACAGUGGAACGUGUCCUCGACUACACCAAAGUCGCGCAAGAACCGGAUUCACGAACCAGAGACAAUUUUCAAAACUGGCCAAACAACGGCGAAAUCAAAUUCCAAUCUGUGUCACUAACUUAUUUCGAUAAACAGUGUCCAUCUCUCGACAACGUCAAUUUUCUUAUCAAAUCAAAAGAAAAAAUAGGGAUAGUAGGACGAACGGGUGCUGGUAAAUCAUCCCUAGUGUCUUCCUUAUUCCGUCUAUACGACACUCAUGGUACAAUUCUAAUCGACAACACUGACGUCAGAACAGUACCACUGGACACACUAAGAGCACGAAUAUCGAUCAUCCCUCAAGACCCAAUUCUUUUCACUGGUUCACUGCGAACCAACAUAGACCCCUACCACGAAUUCGACGACAGUACCAUAUGGAAAAUUCUAGAACAAGUGGAACUAAAAAAUGCGGUACUAGAAUUGCCGCAGCACCUUGAUACCGAAAUACUUCAAGGUGGUUCCAACUUUAGCGUCGGUCAAAAACAACUGAUGUGUCUAGCAAGGGCCAUUUUGAGGAAAAACAAGAUCAUCGUGAUGGAUGAAGCUACCGCUAAUGUUGAUUCGAAAACCGAAAGAUCGAUCCAUCAAACCAUUGAAGAGAACUUUCAGGAUUGUACCAUCAUCACUGUAGCCCACAGACUGAGCAGUAUUUUGAAGUCGGAUCGGGUUUUGGUGAUGGACGAUGGCAAAGUUGUGGAGUCUGAUCGGCCUGACUGUUUAAUGCAGAAUUCGGAAAGUUUGUUUUCGCAGCUGCUUAGAGAGAAUCAAAGAACUGUGAUGUAUACUCAUGCUAUUUAAAAACUCUUUAAUGUGAUUAUUAAUUGAAAAAUGUUAAGGCAAAGUAUAAAGUCUAAUAAACGCAAAAAAAUAUAUAUUAAAA